CACCGCCACCCGCCGCUGUCAGCGGCUUCCCCCGGCGGGAGGAGAGAGCCUGGAGAGCACUUUUGCCCCGACUUUAGGAGUGUUUGUGGAUUUACAUGCCAAGCCUUCAAGAUGAUGUCCAUGAACAGCAAACAGCCUCAUUUUGCCAUGCAUCCCACCCUACCUGAGCACAAAUACCCCUCUCUACACUCCAGCUCGGAAGCAAUAAGAAGAGCAUGUCUACCAACUCCACCGCUGCAGAGCAAUAUCUUCGCCAGCCUCGAUGAGACCCUGCUGGCGCGGGCCGAGGCUCUGGCCGCCGUCGACAUCGCCGUCUCUCAGGGCAAGAGCCACCCGUUCAAGCCCGACGCCACGUACCACACCAUGAACAGCGUGCCCUGCACCUCCACCUCCACCGUGCCCCUGGCGCAUCACCACCACCACCACCACCACCAUCACCAGGCGCUGGAGCCCGGCGACCUCCUCGACCACAUCACCUCCCCCUCCCUGGCGCUCAUGCCCGGCGGAGGCGGCGGCGGAGGCGGAGGCGGCGGCGGCCACGACGGGGCGGGCGGCGGCGGCGGCGGCGGGGCCGGCGGCGGCGGGGGCGGCGGCGGCAGCGGCGGGGGCGGCGGCCUCAUCUCCACUUCGGCCCACCCGCACUCGCACAUGCACGGCCUGGGCCACCUCUCGCACCCGGCCGCCAUGAACAUGCCGUCGGGGCUGCCGCACCCGGGGCUGGUGGCCGCGCACCACGGCGCCGCGGGGCAGGUGGCCUCGGCGGCGGCGGUGGUGGGGGCGGCUGGCCUGGCCUCCAUCUGCGACUCGGACACGGACCCGCGAGAGCUGGAGGCCUUCGCCGAGCGCUUCAAGCAGCGCCGCAUCAAGCUGGGGGUGACCCAGGCCGACGUGGGCUCGGCGCUGGCCAACCUGAAGAUCCCGGGCGUGGGCUCCCUCAGCCAGAGCACCAUCUGCCGCUUCGAGUCCCUCACCCUGUCCCACAACAACAUGAUCGCCCUCAAGCCCAUCCUGCAGGCCUGGCUGGAGGAGGCCGAGGGCGCCCAGAGGGAAAAAAUGAACAAGCCCGAGCUCUUCAAUGGGGGCGAGAAGAAGCGCAAGCGGACUUCCAUCGCCGCCCCGGAGAAGCGCUCGCUGGAGGCGUACUUCGCCGUCCAGCCCCGGCCCUCCUCCGAGAAGAUCGCUGCCAUCGCCGAGAAAUUGGACCUCAAAAAGAACGUGGUGCGGGUUUGGUUUUGCAACCAGAGACAGAAGCAGAAACGGAUGAAAUUUUCCGCCACCUAUUAG